UUUGAAAACUCUAUCUCAAAAUAAACAUAUUAAGAUUAAUUUUACAUGCCAAUUUAAUAUAUUUAUUUCAUAAUUUGUGUUUAAAAUUUUAAAAACUUGACGAAAAACGUGAAGUGAGAAUAAAAAUUUGGAGGGACUAGGGAGUAAGUAUAAUUAUACCAUGUCAAAAACCGGUGCAUAUUUUGUGGCAUAUUUGAUGUGAUGUGAGAAUAUAACCGUGUCACACGUUAUAUAUUGGCACGUGGCCGAAAAUAGAGCAGCCAAGUGAGGCGGUGUGCAUGCAUGCCUGCCACCAAUUUCCCAUCCCGCCCUUGUAUUUUUCACUUAAUUAAUAUAACGCCCAAAUCCGGACUAUAUUUCUCUUUACAUCCAUCCCUCGAUUCCCUUCAUUAAUUGCCAUUCACCCUCACCGAUUUUAAAAGACAUAUGGAGAAGAUUGCAACUGCCGACCGCAACUCCGCCCUGUCCACGGAGGCGCCUCUCGCUCCGGUCACCAUGCAGCGCCGCGUCCGCACCGAUCUCGAUGAGUCCAUUCCUAAACCCUACGUUCGCGGGGCUUUGCCGGAUCGGCUUCAACGUUGUUCUCUCCCUGCUAAUAACAGCCCUCAUUCACGGAACCAUGAGCUACCUUUCUCUCCCCAAAACAUACACAAGAACAAGCACGGCAGCGACACCGGGACGUACGACGCCGAGGGCCGGUACCUUCCGGCGAACUUCGAGAACAUCUUCAGCAAGUACGCCCGGACGGUGCCGGACAAGCUGACGCUGGCGGAGCUCUGGGAGAUGACCCAAGGCAACCGCAACACGUUCGACUUCUUCGGGUGGGUCGCCGCGAAGCUCGAGUGGGGUUUCUUGUACUUGCUCGCCCGCGACCCCGACGGCUUCCUCUCGAAGGAGGCCAUCCGGCGGUGCUACGACGGCAGCUUGUUCGAGUACUGCGCUAAGAUGAAGAAGGGGCUUGAACGCAAGACUGAGUAGUACGUAUGUGAAGCAAGCUAGGCAAUUAUAUUCACGAAGAUGGAAUUAAUUAAUUUAAGGCCUUGUUUAAUUUUAUCUUAAUUAAUAAAGGAUGUAGUGUUGU